AUGUAUCUGAACACCUAGAAAUCAUGAUGAAAGUUGUCGUUGCAUUGCUCGACAACCUCCAUCUUCUUCCCUCAAGCCCGUCGCCAUGAAUAUCGCCUACAAUUCCGCCUUGCGGCAAAGCAAGUCUCUCCGCGCAGAGCUCUCCAGCCUCAACAGCAAACCUCAAGCAUCUCCCUCCGAAAUUGGCAACGUGUCCGCCUCAAUCGCCUCCUUUACCAAGACCCUCGAUGAAUACCAAGCUCUCGCCCGUCAGGAGAUCGUCCCAAAGAAGCAAGAAGAGGGCUUCGAGCGAGUAAAGAGGUUUCGCGAAGAUCUCUCCGACUUUCGAACCCAAGUCGAUUCGCUGAAGAAAGUUCGCGAUGAUGCUCAACACCAGGCAAAUCGCACAGAACUUCUUGGCCGAAGACCGUAUAAUGCUACACCCGAGAACCCUUAUGCGAACGCUACAACAACAAACACGCACUCUGCGUUCCAGCCUCGACACCAACCUCAAGCCAGCGCCUUGACAACGGGCUCGCCAGAUGAGCAGCGCGAGGCGCAUGCAUUCAGGGAACAGAACUUUUUCGCAAACACAAACCAAGCGCUAGAUGAUUAUAUUGCACGCGGACAGGCUGUACUGGGCGAUCUAGGUCAACAACGGGAGAUGCUCAAGAGCACCCAGAAGCGACUCUACAACGUAGCCAACACCCUUGGCGUAAGCGGCGAUACGAUCCGUAUGGUAGAGCGACGGGCAAAGGAGGACAAAUGGAUCUUCUUUGCGGGCGUCUUGAUAUUCUUCCUGUUUUGUUGGCUGGUACUCCAUUUCUUGCGGUAGAAAAGAACCCGAACUGGGCUUCAAGUAUUUGGAAGAGGAAUGUUACAGAAACGUACGCUUAGGGGUAUCAGCGCGGCGCAUGGAGUUUUUGAGUGUCUUGUGUUGUCUUUUUGCUUGUAUCAUACCACGCCAAGUCAACAUGUUCUUUGCUGAAGCACUAUGCUAUUCGUCAUCGCCGUCGCCUUCUUUGAGUGCUACUGUGAAGAGUACAUCCUUGUCCGUCGUCACUGACACGACCUGGGACUCAGGCAGGAUAUGAUUGCUAGUGCUCAGCUUGCCACCGAUCUCAGUAUGCCAGUUCUCGACGUCCCACUCGAAGCCCUUUGUCGUGAUGUUGGCAGCCUCUUUCAGAGGGAUGAUACCAACAUGCUUGCCAAAGGCAUCUUCCUCACCCUCCUCUCGUACUUGGAUCUGAUGACUACCAGCCUUGAGCAGGAAUGUCAAACUUGAGCCAGAGAGAAGAAACAGUCGACCGGUCGCAUAAUCGGGGUCGUUUUGGAAGAGGUACAGGUGGUGAAGCUGAGAAAGACCUUGGUCGACACGGCCUCCAAUACCUCCAAGUGCGACGAUGUCGAUACCUUCGGGGUAUUCUUUGCGAAUCCAGUUAAUAGCCUUUGCAAAGUCGGUCGACUCUUGGUCAGCGUCGUGGAUGACUGUCGCAGGGGAGGGUUGCGACGAGUAGAAAUCGCGGACUUGUGGGGUGAGGGAAUCGAGGUCGCCAAUGAUGAGUUGAAGGUUAGACUGUAGGAUUAGCAAACCAUUUAAUAUUACGAUCCACGAGCAGUAUCGCAACG